GGAGGCAGGGGGGUUUUUGGAAUUUGGCCGCCAUUUGCAUUGCGUGGGUGUGGGGGAAGAGAAGAGAGCAGGCGCAAGAGGACGCGAGAGCAGCCGAGGCCGGGCCGAAGCGGGUGAGGCGACGCCGCUGCCGCGACGACCCGAUCACUCACCCGGUCUACGAUUCGGCGCCUCGUGGGAGCCAGCUUGGCGGCGGUUCCCAGCGAGGAUGAGCGGCGGCGGCGGAGGAGGGGGUGCGAGGGGCCCGGCGGGGUCGGUGCCGGCGUCCGCGAGGAAGCUGGUGCAGGGCCUGAAGGAGAUCGUGAACCGCCCUGACGCGGAGAUCUACGCGGCGCUGCGGGAGUGCGACAUGGACCCAGACGAGGCGGUCAGCCGCUUCCUCUCCCAAGAUACUUUUCAAGAGGUAAAGAGCAAGCGUGAUAAGAAAAAGGAGGUUAAAGAAACACCUGGGCCAAGAUCUCGAGGAGCAAGUAACUCAAAUAGUCGGGCAAUUAGAGGUGGUGCGGACCGUAGUGGACGAAGCAAUUCAGUUCAGUCUGGAUCCAGUGGCGGCAAUUACAUGGCUUCAAGAUCAUCGAUAUUGGGGCCUGCUGUGCCAGCAUCCAAUUCCACUCAGAAGCAACCAGUUCCAAGUUUGUCUGCAAACAAAGAUGUUGUUCCUAAUGAAUCAGUUGGUGCACAACAAUCAUCAUCUGGAUUUCAGCACAAUUGGUGUGGUGUGCCAGGUCAGAUGUCAAUGGCUGAUAUAGUGAAAAUGGGAAGACCUCAGGUAAGGUCUUCUAGCAAGCCUAUGGCUACAACGGACACAUCAUAUGCUGGUCAAAACCCAUCUUUGUCUAGUGCUGUAAAUCAGAACUUGAAACAAUCUGCAAGCACAGCCCCUAGUGCUGUAAAUCAGAACUCGAAACAAUCUGCAAGCACAGCCCUACCGAUAACAUUUGAUCAGGGAUUUCCUGCUCUGCCUGACCCUAUUCCUCAAAUUGUGAAUUCUAGUCAUGCUUCUGCUGAAAACCACCAAACACAUGAGAAUGAUUGGUUUCCACACGAAGAGCCAACAUUAGGAACUCAAUCAGCAGGCAUUGAGGCAUCUGGUGACCCAUCACUACCUCUGGCAUCAUUGGACUCAUCUAUGUUGGUUGUUGACACGCAAGAAAAUUCUCACGCAGAAGAGAACAGCUCAACUGUAGUUAAAUCAGCAAUACCUUCUGAGAGACACUUGGAAAUUCUUGAGGAGAACAAUCAAUUCAAUGAUGAAUUGCGGAACUCUACAUACCAGCCUCAAGUGCAUUCCUAUGUUGAUAAUGAAGUUGAUGUUUCCAAUGUUGAUGCAGAAUCAGCUGUGGCAAACUUUCAGCAUCUAAGCCUACAGAAUGAAGAUGUGGUUGCAAAUAAGUCUGCUGAAGAUAAUCCUGCGGUUAUUCUCCCCGAUCAUCUACAAGUUGCAAAUGCAGACUGUGCUAAUUUGAGCUUUGGUAGUUUUGAAUCUGGUGCCUUUUCUGGGUUGCUUUCGUCAAAGGUCCCUAAAUGCAGUUUGGAGGAGGUGCCUAUUCAAAAUGAGUUCCCAUCAGUUAUUCAAAUAGAUGUCAGGAAUCAAGAUUACUAUGACAAUGGUGCUCUAAAUUCUUCAGCAAAUGAGGAUGUAGAAACCAGAAUUGGUACUAACAUGGAGAAUAUUGAUGUACCUUCAGUUUCAGAGCCUGAUGUAUUGAGGCAGGGUGCCCUAGAUGUGUUUGGUCUUCAAUAUAACCUGCCAUCAGUCUCAAGUCAUGCAUAUUCAAACACAGCACAGCCAAGUACAAGGGAUGACCCACAAGGGAACACGCAAGCACAGCAUCUUUCCCAUUUUUCAAGCUUACUGCAAGCAAAUAAUCUACCCAAUAACUUGUUGGUGUCAAAUCUGGCCCCUCUUCAGGAUUUUGACUUCUCACAGUUGCUACAAACACAGUCAGCUACAAAAUAUAAUCCAUCUGUAGCAACUAGUAAUUUGCCACCAAUCUCCAUACAAGAGACUUUAAAACCAGGAGGCUUCCCCAACACGCGGUCUACACAGAAUCUUCCCAGUACGAGCAUUCCAUCAGGGCUUCCUCUGCAUCAACAAUUGCCUGUACAUCCAUACUCUCAGCCAACUCUACCCCUUGGGCCUUUUGCUAGCCUGGUUGGGUAUCCAUAUUUGCCUCAGAACUACUACGUACCAUCAGCGACCUUCCAGCAAGCGUACUCAAGUAAUGGACCUUUCCAUCAAUCUGCUGCUCCCGCUGUGCCUGGAGCUGGUAUGAAAUAUUUGAUACCGCCACAAUACAAGAGCAGCCCUCCUGCUACAAGCCUACCGCAGCCAUCAUCACACUCCAGUUAUGGAGGGUUUGGAAGCUCAAGUAAUAUUCCUGGAAAUUUCAGCCUAAAUCAGGUUGCCUCCUCCGCACCCACAACUAUGGGGUUUGAUGAAGCUUUAGGCACACAGUUCAAAGAUCCCAAUCACUAUGCGGCUCUACAGCAGAGUGAUAGCUCUGCGAUGUGGCUUCAUGGAGCUGCUGGUUCAAGAGCGGUUUCGGCGGUUCCACCUGGCAACUUCUAUUGUUUCCAGGGCCAGAGUCAGCAGGCCGGCUUCCGCCAGGCACAGCAGCCUUCUCAAUACGGUGGUCUUGGGUACCCAAGCUUCUACCAGUCGCAGGCUGGUCUGCCACUGGAGCACCCUCAGAACCCCGCUGAGGGAAGCUUGAACAAUACCCAGACGGCGCCAUCGCAGCCGUCACACCAGCUCUGGCAGCACAGCUUCUAAGGCCUGUGCUCUCGCGGGAGAAGCCUCUCUACACUGCCAGGUUACCUGUGAGCCUUCAGCCUUGGCAUGCUGCGGCUGUGCCAUGAAGCGUGCAGACUAGCUGAUCUGCCGUGUUGAGCGCUGUUGAGCAGAGGAUCAUCCAUCCAACAACGUCGAAGUGUGUUUUUUUCCUUUUCUUUCUUUUUUGUUUCACUUGUUGCGUGUGUUCUGGGACUAAUUUCAGCUGUCGUGGUUUUACUCGAUAGUGAUGUUGCGGAGGUGCUAUCUUGUAACGGUAAAGUUUUAACUCAACUAACAGAUCUGCUUCCCAUA